GGGCGCAGAGCCCGGGCGGCGGACUGCGGGGCCCGCGCGGGCCGCCCCAGCACCAAUGCACCGGGCGGGGCGCUGGCGGCCGAGAAGGCAUUGAGCAACUGGGCGGCGGGCGGAGCGCGGGGCCGACCGCAACGCGGGACCCAGUGGCCGCGCCCUCGCCCCUCCGGGCUGCCCCGCCACGGCCGCUGCGCCAGGUCUAUCUUGGGGGCGGUUCUCUGCUGGUGUGAGAAGACUUCUCAUGUGACCCUCUGAGGUGGCUUCAAGCAGGACAGGACCUCCCUUUGGGCCAAUGGAGAACCCGGCUCCAUACCCACUCAGAUGCCAGCUGAGGUUAUGGUGGAUCUGGCCUGCAGCCCGGGCCUGGCUUUCCUGCCAUUGACCCAGCCUCAGAGCCUUUUAGCAAGAGACCACCCCUCCCUCCAGGGGCCCCGGGCUGGCCAGUGACUAUGCGGCUUGGGCUGUGUGUGGUGGCCCUGGUUCUGAGCUGGACACACCUCGCUGUGGGCAGCCGGGGGAUAAAGGGCAAGAGGCAGAGGCGGAUCAGUGCUGAGGGGAGCCAAGCUUGUGCCAAGGGUUGCGAGCUCUGUUCAGAAGUCAACGGUUGCCUCAAGUGCUCGCCCAAGCUCUUCAUUCUGCUGGAGAGGAACGACAUCCGCCAGGUGGGCGUCUGCCUGCCGUCCUGCCCACCUGGAUACUUUGAUGCCCGCAACCCCGACAUGAACAAAUGCAUCAAAUGCAAGAUUGAGCACUGUGAGGCCUGCUUCAGUCACAACUUCUGCACUAAGUGUCAGGAGGGCUUGUACUUGCACAAGGGCCGCUGCUAUCCAGCCUGUCCGGAGGGCUCCACAGCCGCUAACAGCACCAUGGAGUGCAGCAGUCUUGCACAAUGUGAAAUGAGCGAGUGGUCCCCGUGGGGGCCCUGCUCCAAGAAGAGGAAGCUGUGCGGUUUCCGGAAGGGAUCGGAAGAGCGGACACGCAGGGUGCUCCAUGCUCCUGGGGGAGACCACACCACCUGCUCCGACACCAAAGAGACCCGGAAGUGUACCGUGCGCAGGACGCCCUGUCCAGAGGGGCAGAAGAGGAGGAAGGGGGGCCAGGGCCGGAGGGAGAAUGCCAAUAGGCAUCCAGCCAGGAAGAACAACAAGGAGCCAGGCUCCAACUCUCGGAGACACAAAGGGCAGCAGCAGCCACAGCCAGGGACAGCAGGGCCACUCACAUCAGUAGGACCCACCUAGGCACAGUGACUGGUCUCUGGAUACGUGUGGAAGAGUCCAGUGCUGUACUGUAUAACGAGAACUUUCCAGAACUGGAGCAUCUGGGAGAGCAAGUCCACACAUACCCCAUUCACCCACCCAUCCAUCUCUCCAUCCAUCCAUCCAUGAACACAUAUGGCCACAUCUGAAAACGUCAACACACACGCACACACACACACACACAUACACAUUCUUGAGGCCACUGCAGAUACUUCCAUUCUGUGGCCCAGCUGUACAUCCAGUCUACAAUGCUCUUGGAAGACAUAUCUGAGAGAAUCUUUCCCACCAUCUGAAACCAAGCUUCAAGGAGUGGAACCUUCUGGAGGAACUUCUGGGACAGCAUCUGCCAGAUGGACGGCAGAUUGGAGCCAACGCUGAAGCAGCUGCCGAGGGGGAGAGCACUUUCCCUGUCCUAAGAGGCACUCCCAGCUGCGGGACUUGAUUGUUGGAGAUGAGAAUCAUUACACAUCCGUGCUACAUGUCACGGCUGACCUGACUUGGAAACUGCUUAAAGGUUUAUUUCAAAUUAAAAAAAGAGAAAAACAAA